AAAGGGGAAAUAGGAUGGAGCUAGAACAGCCCGACGGCGACCGCACCGGAAUAUUCCCUUCGACGGGGUUUGCCCUUCACCCGAAGACUUUCCGCCCUUUUCCCGAAAACUAUAAAUACUUCUCAUUCUUGGUUUCAACCACCCACCCGUUCGGUGCCCUAGACUUCUCCGUCAGUCGCCGCAACAUGCUUCUCCCGCUCGAAACGCCCAAAUCUCUCCACUCCGCAGCCAAAUCCGCGAGCUUUGUUUCGUUCUCGACGAGAAAUGGGGUUGAUACGGCGGUGAAAUGCUCUGGCGUUUGGCUGUGGUGAUGGAUGAGGUGAAGUUGGCUGUUCAGUCGUCGAAGUUUAUGGGAUCCGAGGGGUUUGGUGGCGGUGGCGGCGGUGGCGGGUUGGGGGUUACAGUUACGGAAGUCGAGGCUCGUGAAUCAGACCGGAUUUCUAUCCUUGUUGCGUCUUCAAUCGGCAGAUAUAGCUCGGCUCUUAGCAAAAAAGCUGAGAUGUGUGACGUUAAUACAUCGCAAUCAUCUUUUUGGGAUAAGAUGGCAGAUACGGAACUUUGUAGUCGCUCUAAUCAGAUUUCCAGCUUUUCUUCUGAAGAAGCACCUGAAGAGCUUAAAUUUCGAAGCAGAAAUAAUUCUACCUUUUCUAUGCCCAGUCUUGAAGGUAAGCAAGUACAACGGAAAUCGGGGAAAGUGGCAAGAAGUAGUAGUGGUUGUUCUAAGAGAUCGAGGGUGGCACAAAUGAAAGGAGUCUCUAUAAAUGAAGCUGAAGCUGAAGCUGAUGAUAUAAAGGAAAAAAGUCAAAUUGCUAAGCAAAGGAACACGGUAAAUGGCAAGCGGGGUGACAAAAGAAAUGGUAAAGUUGCGAUGAAGGGGAAAUAUGAUUACCUAUCUCUGAAGGCUGGCAUGGUGGGCUUCAAUUCAGGAGCUGGAGGAAACAACUUUCUUGGAGCAUAUGGUUUGAAAUCAGAUACUUCCGAUGUCACAAAGCAUCUGGACGAGCUGUCAGUGAAUGAGCUCCUUGAUGGAAGCUAUAAGAGUCCUAGUUUUGCCAAAGACAAGGGAAAGAAAGCAGCAAAUUUGAAUGAAAAUGUUGUACAUUCAGUUAAAAAUGCUUUCUCUAUUCUUCGGCUACACAAACCUCUACAUAACCAAAACUCUUCUGAGAUUGACAAUAGUUGCAACCGAAAAGUUUCCACAUGCUCAGUGAGCUCUGAUGCUUCUGUUGCGAGUAGAAAUGCUGGUGAUAAAGGAGAUACCAGCACUGUACAUCCGUCCUCAUAUGACAAGGUUCAAGAUUCUUUGAGCAAGAACGAAACCCCUGCCAAAGUGCUAGAUUUGGAAUUGCAUCAACCUAAAGAUAUUUUGGAACGCCUAGCACUUCCUUCGCCCAAGGAUUUGGAUUCUUUGCUCCUGGAUGCAGCCAAGCCAACAGUACUUCUAAAAAAUAAUAAUUCAGAUUCACGUGGAAAGCAAGUAUCUCAACGAGCUAGCUUGUCGCCUUUUCCUUGGUCACAUAAUUCUGGCGGGCAUUGCAAAGCUAGUGCUGAUGCAAUUAAGUUAUCUGUGAGCAGGACCACAUGCCAGGGUAGAUGGGUAAAAAUAGGGGAUACUUCUACUUCUCCCGAAGGGGGAUCUGGUUUCCUUGCAGAUUUAGAGUCGCUCACCAAGGAUAACAACUUGGUUGCUUUGAAAGGUCCGAAGUGUGGCCCUUCAGAAAGUGAAAUUGCUCCAGCAACAUCUGUUAGCUUCCCUUGGUUUGAAUUGGGUUUAUCAUCAUCUGCAGCACCGUCAAUUGCUUCCCAGCUUCCUCCUGAAUCUAGUAGCAACCUGAAGUGUGAAAUAGAUGCUGGGCAUUCUCCUAGAUUGUUGGCUGCUGCUCAGACACUAUAUGACAUUUCAUUGCGUUCCCUAAAGCAACAUGGAAUGAUAAGGUGGCCAAAGAAACCUUUAGAAAAGACCAUGAAAGCUUGCAAGUCGAAAUCCGGCAAGCCUGGAGAAAUAUUUGCAGCACCAAAGCCAGUAAUUGCAACUGAUGACCGGGUGAAAACUACUGAUGAGGUGUCUCCGUUUAAGAAACCUAGGCUCUUGAAUAAAGAUCUUGGUCCUAAUACUGUAUCAAAAGCACCAAUAAAUUGGUCUAUGCAGAGAUCAAGUGGUCCUUCUCCUGGCAAAUCAUUUAGAGACCCCAUUGUGGAAACGAAACAGUAUAACAAUGCACAUGUUGUAAAACAGUCGGGCCUUAUGCCACCGCCGCCGGUGAGGGUUUCGGACAAGGCUUAUAACAGUCGGCAGAAGUUGAGGAAGUUACUACCGGUGGAAUGGAAUAGGGAAGGAGGAAGAUGAAUUGACACCAUUGUGUUGGAUUAUUCUCUCUUGUGACAUCUGUUGUUUAGUUCAUGGGAAUGCGGUUGGUUAUUGUCGAAACUGGUAGGUUUGUAUAUAUUGUGCUGCAAGUUGUAGCGAUUGUGUAAGUUCACCUCUCAAAUGAGGGAAUAGGGUUUCAAUGUUGUAACUUUAUUGUAAACCAAUCUUUGCCUUGUGUAGAGCAUUGGAUGAGGCAAUACAAAUUUCUGUUCCUCUC